UCCAACCUCGAUAUGUCAUCCUACAUGUGGCUGCUUGUGUUUGCGUGUGUCGCACACAGGUAGUGGGUCUUUUCACUUGUUCCCCCCUCUGCAAUAUAGAAGCUACAAACAUCAUUUUGAAUUCCUCCAAGGUCGUAUGUGGCCAUCGCUCCUGAGGCAGAAGCAGACAUCAGUAUGCCAUCCUGCUUUUGGGCACACAAGGUUGUUGGCUUUUUGUGCACAAGGGGAGUAUGAGAAGGGGAUACACACACACACACACCUUAUUGUGUCAAGACGUGAUCGUAUCCUAGCAACAGAGAGCAGCAUCGAGAUUUCAGGCUUUUUCUGUCCUGCACUGGAGCAGAGUCGAGGCAGAGGCUCCUUCUCCAGCUGCUCGGAUGCUCGUCUCUGCUCCACUCGACACCUCCGUUUGUCUCCAUGUCUCCAUCACUUCAGUGUGACGUGCUUCUCCUCUCCACCCAUUUUUGAGUCUUUUUUUUGUUUUUGUUUUCUAUUUCACUAUUAGACACCCAGACUGAAUCAUCUUCAGCUACAGGAGGCAGGAGAGAUUCUGCGAACGGGACAUUUUAGGCUCUUCUGCUUGCUUGCAGACAGUUGAAUCAGCAGCGUCUCCCUCAGAUGAGACAAUUGUGACUGGACUUUUCUUCAAUGUGAGAAACAAAGGAAGAUAUUUUUUUGUUGCAUUGCCUAUUUUUCCUUCGGCAUAAAUUGACACUAUUCUGAGAGCGACGACCGACAAGACUGAGGAGCAGCUACGGUGUUUCUUUGGCAAACUCAGUGUGGAAUGCACAUUGAGCACAGGUACUGUUUUGUUGCGAGUUAAAAAAAAAAACCCCAAAAAGAACCAGGGCUGUGAUGCACACUCCAGCCUCCAUGGUGAUGGGGAUUGUGUUCUCCCCUUUGGGUCUGGUCCUUGUCUUCACUGCCGCCAUCACUCCUCAGUGGAGGGAGGGACAGACGCGACUGGGCACGACAGGGUUGGGGUCACUUCUGCGGCCAGGCGUCAAAAGUCAAAGGAUGGGGGUGAAGUCAGUGGAUGCUCUGCUGUUAGUGCGCUCCGAUGGACUUUGGGAGAGCUGCCUGCAAGUGGAGCACUCUGAGCUCAAACAGUGCUGGUCUGUGUCAGGUCCGUACCAGAGAGACCCACGGGUUCGUCAAGCACAAGGUUUGAUCCUGACCUCCUUGUUCCUGUGCGGCACCGGUAUUGUGCUGGCCUGUAUCGGGGUCCGAUGCUGGACGGAUCUUCCCCUGAGAGGUGUCGCAGCAACAGGUGGCCUCCUGGUGGUGCUGUCCGGGCUGCUGAGCUUGACCGCCCUCGGGGUGUACACGCACAACCUUGAAAGACUGGGGAUGGCGGGUCCAAGCCACGGCGGCAUCCAUGGCCACAGGUUCCCGCACCUCAGCCUGCAUCCAGCCGGCUCGCUGUACUUCGGGUGGCUGGGUUCAUGUUUACAGGUGCUGGGCGGUGGCGCCCUGCUGUUUAGCUUCAAAAAACCAAAAUGUCUGACCUGCCCGUCCUGCCCGGACCUACCCGUCUGUCUCGUGUGUCCUUCAUGUCGACGGAUAACCAACAAGCAGGACACGGAUAUAUACGAUGUCACUUACUAGAGACUUUACAUAACAAUGUAGACGUCUUCUAGUUGGAAAAGUGAAGUCCAGGGUGUAGGAGGUCACCACCAGGGGGCGACUUGUCACAUGAUUUUGUAAAUGAUGAACCCAUCUGUGCAUCUUCUCACGCUUUACCCUCCAGAGGGGGGGUCACAGGGUGGGGGCGAAAGGCUAAGAACACCCUGGACGGAUCGCCAGUCCAUCACAGGGCCAAACAACCAUCCACUCCCACACUCACACCUAUGGUCAAUUUAGAGUGUGCAAUUUGCCUAACCCCCAAAUCUACAUGUUUUUGGACUGUGGGAGGAAACCAGAGAAAAUUGGACGUCACAGAAUAAGUGCACGCCAGUUGGCAGCUAGUUAUGUCCAAUAGGUGCCUGCGUGAAGGUGAAGUCUGUGAAUUUCGACCACAAUUAGUUCCACAACCAGAAAACGACGUCCGUUGUUUUAUAAAGUCUACGAUACAUGAAGAACCUUGUAUACAACAAGAUGCACAAAUGCAGACAUGCUCCUGAAGUCGCUCCCCCAUGACUCAGCUAAUCAAUCUGCCACUUAAUGAAAUUAGUCAACUAAAAAUGACGUUGAGCCCCAGAACGUCACCUGAUCGAUGGAAUUUAAUGUCAAGUAUGAACACGACGGAAGGAAUUGUCUCUUGACACGGACAGAAGUAUCAUUUGGGAGCGUGAAAAAUCCAAAGUGAUGAAUCACGGAGCACAAAGACUUUUUAAUAGAUUCACUCAGAUCGCCGUGGUUUGACAAGAGUUCAAGUUCCCGCUGCCUUGAAGUCCAACGUGUGGUGAAUGAAACGCGAUCUCUCUGUGCCGCCUUUUCUUUCUCAUUUGUAGCCAUGCCUUUGCACUGUUAGCGAGAGACACGGCGGCGUUGUUUGUAUUUUCCGAGCAAAACUGUGAAACGUGACUUUGUGUUCGUGCAGCGAGUGACGAAGCGCAAGGGUAGCAGUUGUUUACAUCAUGUUAGGGCUUCAAAUGGAUUAAGGAGCUAGUUUUACAUUUCAAUAAGCAGAUGAUGUUGUAAGAAUAAAAAAUGUUGUGAAUAUAUACUUGUGAGGUUUAUGGUUCUCUAUAUUUCGGCAUUCCUAGAUCGUGUUCGCCAAAAAUGAUGUGCAGUCUGCUUUCUAAUAUUUUGUAUUCAGAUCGGCGCAUUUCUUCGGCAAAUGUUUGUAUGAUAAGUACGUCACACUUUAUUACGCGGGUGUUCGACAGGGUGUCGUUUUAUUUGUGGGUGACUCUGUCUGUUCUUAUACUGUUUUAGUGUGUUCACGUGUGGUGGUGUGUUCUGCAUUCAAUAAAAUACCUUAAAAAAAUA